GUCUAAUCACUGUGACGUGUAUGUAUACACGUAUAUAUAGUCUUCUACUUGUUAGAUCUUCUCUCUAUCUAUAAAAGCAUCAACUAGCUGCUAUUAUUGGUGUAUGUAUUGCUGUAGUGAGGAGAAAUGGGAGGUUCAAGAUUAAUAACCCUUCUUCUUCUGGUUUCCUUUCUGGUGUUACUGCUAAAAGGAGCUCAAAGUAUACCAAUCACAUUAGUUCAAAGUGCAGUAGCUAAAGGAGCUGUUUGCUUGGAUGGAAGCCCCCCAGCUUACCACUUUGACAAGGGUUUUGGAGCAGGAAUCAACAACUGGCUGGUUCACAUUGAGGGAGGAGCAUGGUGCAAAGAUGCAGCCACAUGCCUUUCUCGCAAGAACACCGAGCGAGGCUCAUCCAAGAAAAUGAAAACUGAUAUGGGUUUCUCCGGUAUACUCAGUGGCAAGCAAAAAUCUAAUCCGGAUUUUUACAACUGGAACAGAAUUAAGAUUAGGUACUGUGAUGGUUCCUCGUUUACUGGCGAUGUCGCGGCUGUCGGUCCAUCUGGACUUUACUUGAGAGGAGCAAGAGUAUGGCGUGCUAUCAUCGAUGAUUUACUCGCGAAAGGAAUGAAUAGAGCUCAUAUGGGUAUUCUUUCGGGUUGUUCUGCCGGUGGAUUAAGUGCCAUUCUGCAUUGCGACAACUUCCGCGAUCUCCUACCUGCAACUGCUAAAGUGAAAUGUGUUUCGGAUGCUGGUUUCUUCCUCAAUGCGAAGGAUAUUUCCGGGGGGCUAACCAUUCAGAACUUCUUUACUCAAGUAGCUGCAACUCAUGGAUCGACUAAGAACUUGCCUGCAUCUUGCACCGCAAGAAUGAGACCAGCAGAGUUGUGUUUCUUCCCACAAUAUGUGGCUCAAACGAUGAGGACUCCACUUUUUAUUAUCAAUGCUGCUUACGAUUCCUGGCAGUUAAAGAACAUUUUGGCACCAACUUCUGCUGAUCACGGCAAGAAAUGGAGUGAUUGCAAGCUUGAUCUUAAGAAAUGCUCUGCUCCUCAACUCCAAACCGUGCAAGGUUUCAGGAACCAGUUCCUAAAUGCACUGUCUGCACUCGGAAAGUCUACGUCGAAAGGAAUGUUCAUACUGUCAUGCUACGCCCACUGCCACGCCGGAAGGCAAGAGACGUGGUUAGCGUCUGAUUCUCCGAUGGUUGCUAACACGACAAUUGCCAAGGCGUUUGGAAACUGGUACUAUGACAGAGGUGCAUUUGACAAGAUUGACUGCCCAUACCCUUGCAACCCUACUUGCAAAGCUGUUCCUGAUGAUUCUUGAAGUAUAGUUUUAGCACAUCUGGUAUUGAAUAAUGGUAAUAAUAUAUAGGAGAACCUGAGCAUUUCAUUAUGAUAUGAUAUUCUAGGGUUUGCCUGAUGCCCUUGAAUGUGUAUGUGAUUAAAUAUUAUAAUUAUUAUCAAUAAAGUUUAACUUAUUUUUA